CUUAACACACGGAUGCGUGUGUGUCAACAAGCCAAUCCGUUCAGAUGAGAAGAUGGGAGAAACCAGAAAGUUGCAGCUUUAAGCCUCAUAUUAUCAGAAUGGCACGUCGUUUGGCCACACAGAGCUGUCAGAAAAUACAGUAAUUGAGGUGACAGUGUUACUUUAUUCCUUCUAGCAGUGUUUUGCUGUGGGUGAAGAUGGCGCAAGCACUGUCAGAAGAGGAGUUCCACCGCAUGCAGGCUCAGCUUUUAGAGCUCAGAACGCAAAACUACCAGUUAUCCGAUGAGCUGCGGAAAAAUACAGUAGAGCUCAACAGUGUCCGUCAGAAGAUCUCGACCUUGGAGAAAGAUUACAUCAAAGCACAGAAGGCUUUGAAUAAGAGCAAGAAAGCACAGGAGGUAGAUGCCUUACUCAGUGAGAACAAGAUGCUGCAGGGCAAGUUACACAGUCAGGAAGAUGAUUUUAGACUGCAGAACAGCACCCUAAUGCAAGAGCUGUCCAAGUUAUGUUCCCAGAUUGAGCAGUUAGAACUAGAGAAUCAGGGACUGAAGGAGGGUCAGGGUUUGGAAAGACCCGUCUACAGCCCCGCCUCUGGUCCAAUAGAUGCUGAGCUCCUGCGGCUACAGGCUGAAAACUCCGCCCUGCAGAAGAAAUUAACAGCUCUUCAAGAACGUCCAGAUGUUAAUGAUGGGAAAGCAGUGCUCGUCGAUGGAUCAGCCGACACUAAUGGUGUCCAAUCCGAUGCCAGCGGUCACAGUGAGGAGACUGCAGCCCUGGGCAAUGAUAAACUAGACCAGGCUGAGGUGCAGAGCACUAAACCGGAACAGCAAGAUAAUGAUCUGAGCGAGGUUGUGUUAAAGCUUCACACAGAGAUGGAGGAGAAAUGUUUACUGAGGGAACAGCUUCAGGCACUAGAGACAUCCAAGAAGACAGAAAUCACAAAACUACAAGAAGAGAACGCUAAAUUGUCUGACAAAUUGAAGAAAAAGCAAGAUAGCUUCCAGCGGCUACAAGUUGAGAAGGAAGCACUUUACAAUGACAGCAGGACUAAAAUAGAUGAGAUCCAACAGCGGAAAGAGGAGGAGCUUAAAUCCAUAAACCUCCGUGUGCAGAAAUUGCAGGCAGAUUUAAUGGCCGCCAACCAGAAUGUUGCUGAACUGAAGGAGCAGUUGCUGAGUAAACAGAAAGAGCAUGAAAUGGCUGUCCAUGCACUUAAAGAUCAGGUAGCGUGUCAGAGCGCUGUCAGUCAGGAGCAGGUGGAGGGUAUGCUGAGUGAGAACGAUGCUCUCAGGACAAACCUAGCAGCCCUAGAACAGAUACAAACCGUGAAGACUCAGGAACUGAAUUUGCAGAGAGAGCAAAAUAUGGCCCUCAACGCUGAGCUUCAGCAGAGACGAGCCGAGCAGGAGGUUUUCCUGGCGCAGAGAGAUGACCUCAACUCACAGCUACAGGAGUCAAACCGAGCCAAUAGUCGACUAUUGGAGCAACUCACAGAACUGGGUCUGGAGAAAGACAAACUACAGCAGGAGUUAGAGGAGGCCAGAAAGACUGCAGAUAAGCGAAAGGUGAUGCUCGAUGAACUUGCCAUUGAGACGGCACAGGAGAAGUCUCGACACAAAGAGGAACUGAGCGAUGUGCGUCUCCAGCAUGAGAAGGAUGUGCUGAGCAUCAGGGCACGCUACGAGAAGGAGCUCCGCGGCCUCCAUGAGGAAAAGAACCGCACAGAGGAGGAGAUUCGAUCACAGCUACGAGAUGAGAGAGCUCAUACCAAAGAGUUGGAAGGUCUUCAGCCGUAUGUGGAGGAACUGAAAGCUCAGGUUCAGUCUAUGGAGGGAACAAAGGGCUGGUUUGAACGUAGACUCAAAGAAGCAGAGGAGACCAUGGAAAAGCACAAUCUGGACCAUGCAGAGGAGGUCCAGCAACUACAGAGAGCACACAUACUCCAGCUGGAGGCUAAAGUUGCAGAGGUGGAGGCAGUCAAUCAGCAAGUGACAGAGAUGGAGAAAGAGAGAGAAGAUCUCAAGAACACAAUCAGCAAACUCAAACAGGAGAUUAAAGACACAGUGGAUGGCCAGAGAAUCUUGGAGAAGAAAGGCAGUUCGGCACUGAAAGACUUGAAGAGGCAACUUCAUCUGGAGAGAAAGAGAGCUGAUAAACUUCAGGAGCGCCUGCAGGAGAUUCUAACAAACACUAAGACCAGGACAGGUCUGGAGGAGCUGGUGUUGUCAGAGAUCAGUUCCCCGAGCCGUACGCAGCAGACGGGUGACAGCAGCAGCAUUUCUUCCUUCAGCUACAGGGAGAUCAUGAAAGAUGGGGCAUCAGCUCCCAGCACCAAUAAGUCCAAUACCAGUAGUCCUCAGUCUCAGUCUCAGCGACCUGCUGACCUUUCUGACGAUGAGGUCAGCGAGCUCUUCCAAAGACUCGCAGAGGUCCAACAGGAGAAGUGGAUGCUGGAGGAGAAGGUGAAACACUUGGAGGUCAGCUGCGCAUCAAUGGCCGAUGAUAUCUGUAAAAAGAGCGCCAUUAUUGAGACAUACGUCAUGGACAGCAGGAGGGAUGUAUCAGGAGGAUUUGGGGUGGCCCAUGGUGCUCAGGGAGAACGUGGGGUUUUGAGCUCUGUGCUUAGGGACUUGAUGAAACCUGGAGACGAGAACCUGCGUGAGAUGAACAAAAAACUGCAGAACAUGCUGGAAGAGCAACUGACGAAGAACAUGCAUCUACAGAAGCACCUGGAAGUUUUGUCUCAGGAGAUCGUUCGUUUGGGUAAAGACACCGGCCCUGCGGAAAGCUCCAAAGCAACGGGCUAAAACUGAACACAUCCACCCAAUGAUUCAGUACCCUUCUCUCUCAUCUCUUCACGGCUACCAGGAGGAAACCACACCCAACUUUUACAAAGACAUGACCUCCUGCUGAAAUCUCAGAUGAACAAUGAGAAUAGAGGGUCAAACAGAGUGUGUCCAUCUGUGAUUUACAUACUACUGAAUGUAACGUAACACUUUAUAUGUUUCUUUGUUCGUGAUGGGAAAGAGCUGGUCAAAAGCGGCUGUCUUACCGCCCCUUGUGCUUGACAUCCGUGAACUGGAUGCUCGGGACAGUGGUGUGACCUUUGUGGUCCAAACGGGCCUCUCUACCCACCACUAAUUCCCCCGUUCAGGACAGUCAUUUGUUAGCGUCUUCAAAUUGCUCACUGUUGUGUUGCCUGUUUUGUAUAUUUGUUUCACUAAAGAAGCUGCUUCUGUGCGUGAAUGUGUGUAUGUGGGGCAUAGAAGAGAUCUGAUCAUCAACAGUGUAUUUAUUUGUGCAAGAAAAUCCAAAUAUCGUAGUGUCUCCUAGUAUCUCUACAGAAUGCUGCUCCUUGCCAUAGUGCAUUUUUGAAUCAGGAGGAAAAAAAAAAAGGUUGCAGUUUGUGUCAAACAAGUACUGCUGGGUUCAUUAUAUCAACAAAUUUGAAAAGUUUUCUGGUAAGAAAGAGUAUGCUUUUAAUUGCUGUGAUAAUUAUCUGAGCAUUUUAUGGGGAUCUCAAAAUGUUCCAGUGAAGGAAAGCGGCUCCCUGGACUCCCCUCGUUAAGCAGCAAUCUUUCCGCAGCUUAACGACUCAGUUUGACACCUCUCUGUCUGUCUUUGAACUGAAAACACUGUUGAGAAAUGCAGCAAUUUCUCGCAGUGCCCACUUGACUUAUGCUCAAUUCCUGUGGGAAAGCUAGCCGUCUGUUUUAGUGUCCAACACCAGUUUGGGCCGUAUGCGUUGACGCCCCUUGUCCUGAUUUUCAUUUUGUUAAUGUUGCAACAUCGUUCUGCUUUUAAAAAUUCAGUUUUGCUUGGUAAACAUUUUGAAUUCUGACACAGACUUCAAGAAUAUGGAGCUGAAAGAAAGUUAAGCAUUUAACAACAGUUGACAUUAGUUGUUGCGACACUACAAUCUGAGCUUAGCUCAACAAUAUGCCGCUGUUUUGGGGUUAUGUGAAGAGGAGGUUGUUGAAAAUACAAAAGUUAUUUUGCAUCAGUCCUCAGGAUCAGCUCAAGUUUUUGUGUAACAGCUUGCAUUGAAAUCAAGCACUCUUUGUCUUGAUUUUUCCAAUCGUUAACCAACGUACAAUGGAUGUUCGUUGUUGUUGUUGCCGCAAUGAUGGACUGAGGAAUAGAUGUACACUCCGUUCAAUGAGUUGCACCAUUAUGUAACUUGGUUUCGAUUUAGUGAACAAAAUCUAAAAUCUUUUUGCCACAAAAAUGUAUUUCGACUUGUCUCUCCUCUUUAAAGAAAGCAAAGGUUGCAGUGAGGCACUUAAAGUGGAAGUGAAUGAGGCCAAUCUGUAAACAUUAAAAUACUCUCUGUUUCAAAAAUAUAGCCACAAGACAUGAACAAUAUGCAUGUAAACAUAAUUUUAGAGUGAUAAAAUUGCUUACCGUAUCUGUGUAAAGUUCUAUCCAAUUUUACAACUUGGUUGCCAUGACGAUGUAACGCCAUAAACCCUAAAAUUACCAUAAAAACAAUGAUUUAAACAACUUUACAGCUCAAAUGAUACACAAGUUUAGAAGAAUUAAUGUACAGUAUGUGCUUUUAUACAUAAUAAGCUUCACAUUUCUGACUUUAAACCGUCCAAACAUUGGACUCGUUCACUUCCAUUGGAAGUGCCUCACUGUAACCUCGAUUUUUGCCCUUUUAAAAGAAAAGGAAAGACGAGUCGAAAUAAGUAAAUAAAUGCAAGUUAUUCGAAGUAGUUUUACAUUCAGUUCAAUGCAGCAAUUUACAUAAGAAUGGUUUAACAAACAAUUUACACAGAAAUAUGUCAAUUCUGCUCGUUUCAUGAACAAGGCCCUUUGAACAGAAUGUACUAGUCCUCACAGCUUCGUUUUCAUGACUACAGUCCAUUUUAAAUGCAAUGAAUUAUGACCAAACUGCUAUGAAAAAUGAUUGUUUGCUUAGUCCGUUCUGACUGCACAACAGAACAUAGUAAAUAUUCCAGAUUGAAAUUUUUAGGAAUGUGAGAUUAUGGAUCCAGCAUCCGCUUUGUUUAACGGUUCCAUGUUAAGAUGUAUAUACUAUAUUCAUCUUAGAAAAUUAAGUUUUAUGAUUUAUGAGAUGUGCUCGGUUACUGUUGUGUUUAUUUCAAGCCUUUGUAUAGUUAUUGCAAUUCUUUACCUUUUAUUACGACAACGGUUUGUUUUUGAUGUUAACAGCACAUGAACGCAAUGUUCAUGCAUGGUGCGUUAAAUGCCUGUCAAAUCCCUCACUCUGGCUUCUGAAGGAAAUCCUGACUAAAUGCUUUGCCAUAAUCCAUCCUCACCCAUGAUAUAUGCCGUGUAGAUGUAGUCAAACGAUAUUCUUUGAUUAUCGCUGUUGAGGAAACUGACAAAUCCGUAAUAAAUCCCUCACAUCGUUGCACUCAAAAGGAUGAAGGAUGUUUGCCUUUGAAGCUCAGAUUGUUUCAUAGUCUUAUCUAAUCUCUUUCAAAUUAACUCUAUUUAGGAUCAUUGUUUAAUUAUCGCUUAUUACAUGAAAACAAAAUAUAUUGUUAAUCUCCAUUCUCCCACUGCUUGCUAUAAGCUUAAUAUUUAUUUAUGUGCAUUUGUCAGCUGUCAUGUUCCAUAACAAGAUUUCCAUAACUUGCAGUGAUAAUAAAGAAUGGCUGGAAGACCUGAAUAUGAGUGGAAGAUUUUUUAUUUAUAUAGUGUUUUUAUUCUUUUUAUUAAAAAAGGCUUGAUAAUAAGCUUACAACAAUUAUAGGAAAUAAGAACAGAUUUGAAAAUAAAGUGUUAAACACUGGUCAUGUCAAGAUGCUCUCAAGGGUGAAUUUGAACUUCAGCCUUCAUGUCCCGAUCACAAAUUCUCCUCAAAUGUGGGUCCCGACAGUGUUUCUGGUGUACACAGAAAUACAUCACAUUACAGCAGUAAAAUGGGUCGCCAGUGCCAUUUUAUGUUGGCUGUAAAUGUUGACAUUUCCUCCAAAGGCCACAUGCGUACACACCCUUAUACUCUGCUAUACUGAGUGUUUUGGUCUGAUACACACACAAAUGAUAAUCUCUCUGAAGACUAGUCAUGUUUACUGCACUAUCAAUGAUGCCAUUAAGGGCAUGUAAACAAAUUACAUGAAUGAUUGAGCAGCUGUUUAAUUUCAGCAGUUUGAAUCUUUGUCUUCGUCACUCUUGAGUGAAUAAGGCCUGAUUGCCAAUCAACACUGCAAGAUUUCUGCAUUAAAUUUCGCACUUUUAAUGCGUAGAAUACCUUAAGUUAAAUAGACGAUUUUGACUUCUUUGAAAGGACUUGAAAGUUCCAAGUUGGAACUUGGGUUGUUGGAAAUUGGGUUUCAGUUCACGAUUCACUAAAAUGAAUCAGACUUUCCAUAUUUCAUUUAAAGAGCCCAUAUUAUGCUCAUUUACAGGUUCAUAAUUUUAUUUUGCGGGUCUACUAGAAAAAGUUUACAUGCUUUAAUGUUAAAAAAAAUAUGUUAUUUUUCUCAUACUGUACAUUGCUGCAGCACCUCUUUUCACCCUCUGUCUGAAACGCUCUGUUGUAGCUCCUGUCGCUUUAAAGCCCCCCCUUCCCGAAAAGCCCAGUCUAUUGUGAUUGGUCAGCCGCUUAGCGUGUGUGUCGGAAAUGUAACGGCCCUUACCAUAACUGAGUUUCAGCUCCCGGGCACUAUGCAAAUGUGUUACAUAGUGACGUAGCUAUGUCACGGAAGUAAUGGCUGGACUGCAAACCAGGCGUUUCAGACAGUUCAAGAGCAGUGUUUUCUGUGGGAGAGAGUAACUCCCUUUGGCGUGGACUUUGUGCUUUGCAACUUUGCAGAUCUUUUGCAUGCACAAACAGCUAUAUUACACACUAAAGGAAAGGUAAAAUCCCAAAAAGCAUAAUAGGCCUCCUUAAGAGAGAGUGGAGAUGUUUCAUUAACUCUUUGCUAAAAGCUCUGCUUUCAAUAGUGUUGAAAAUAUAGUGAUCUAGUAUUUAGUCACACUGCAUCGCUACUCAUUGGAAAAAGUAACUGCUUUGAAAAGAACUGAGCUACUCGCACGCUACUAUAAAAUGUAGUUAAGUUAGUAUAAUCACUACUUUUAGGUUGUUAUUCCCCAACUUUGUCAACAUGCUAACAAUGGGAAUUGACAUGUUGCUACAGAAAGUUUAUGUUCCCUGAAAAUAACCCCAUUUAACUAAAUUACUGACAAUCGCCAUAUCGUUGUGCAAGCAACCUCAGAGACACAGGUUCUGGUCCCAUUGGAACCAGGAAGUAAUUGCGUCCCCAUAAACAAAGCGAAUGCAAUUUUGAGGUUGCAUUUUUUGCUCAAAAGUUAGAUUAGAAGUUAGACAGUGUGAUCAGUCCUCUGUAAUUGAAGUAUAAAAUAUAUAUAUAUAUAUAUAUAUAUAUAUAUAUAUAUAUAUAUAUAUAUA